CAAAUUAGACGCGCGCGUGCACCAAGUUUCUUUCCUCUCUUUUGUUUGUUUAGUGACUGACCCGUAGCUGUUCCCGAACACAAAAGCUGGCGAUGGAGGCCGCUCUUAUAGCUCGGCUUGAGAAGGCUGUCGAGAGGCUUGAAAAGCUCGAGGUCGGGCCUGGGGCGCGACCCACCGGGGCCUCGGCUGCUGCGCACGGCCAUGCUGCUGCCCCCGCUGCCGCCGCUGCCGCCCCCGCGGCUUCCUCUGGCUCCACCUCGGCCACGCUGGCUGAGUGGGACCACCUGAUGUCGGAGCACCUGGGUCCGGUGCUGGCGCUGGUGCAGUACCUGCCGCAGGAGGCCCAGGCGAGCAUGCAAAACUUCGACAAGGCGUUCCAGGCCGCCAGGCGAGUGCUGGAGGUGUCGGCCGCGGCCAAGCAACCCGACUCGCCUGAGCAGCUGCAGACGCUGCUGGCGCCCGUGGCUGAGGCCAUGGGGGCGGUCAGUGCGGCCAGCGAGGCGCGCCGCGUGUCCUGCCCCCACCACCUCAAGGUGCUGGCGGAGGCGGUGGCUGCACUGGGCUUCCUGGCGUACACGGGACACGGAUGCGGCAUGCCUCCCCCCCGCCAGCACGUGGCCGACAGCUGGCAGUCGGCCGAGUUCUUCUCCAACAAGCUGCUGAUGGAGUUCCGCGGCAAGGACGAGAACCAGGUGGCCUGGGUGCGCGGGCUCAAGUCCUUCAUCCAGCAGCUGGAGCAGUUCGUGGUGCGCAACUGCCCCACAGGCCUGCGCUUCAACCCCGCGGGCCAGCCGCUGGCAGCCGCAAUGGCAGCCGCGCCGGGCGCCAGCAAGCCCGCCGCGCCCGCACCACCCCCCGUGCGCAAGCCGGGCGCGCCGCCUCCGCCGCCUCCCCCGCCGCCGGGCCCGCCGCCCAAGCCGCUGUCGCCGGAGGAGCUGGCGGCGUCCUCCUCCGGGCGGGGCGGUGCCGCUGGCGGUGGCGGUGGCGGUGGCGGGGAUGUGAGCAAGCUCUUCGCCGAGCUGUCCAAGGGCGAGGCGAUCACCUCGGGUCUGCGCAAGGUGACGGAUGACAUGAAGGCCAAGAACCGCCCCGACCGCUCGGGGACGGUGCCGGCGUCAGCAGCGCCGGCGCCCGCCACCGCCGCCUCGGCGUCAGGCAAGGCGGCGGCGGCUCCCUCCGGGCCGCCCAAGCUGGAGCUCCAGGGCGUCAAGUGGGCUGUUGAGAACUGGAGCGGGCGCCAGGACCUGGUGCUUGAGAACGAGGCGCCCAAGAACAGCGUGUACGUGUACGGCUGCAGGGACUGCGUGCUGCAGGUCAAGGGCAAGGUGAACGCGGUGUCGCUGGACAAGUGCGUGCGGGUGGGGGUGGUGUUCGGCGACGUCAUCUCCGGAGUGGAGGCCGUCAACUGCUCCAGCGUGCAGCUGCAGGUGACGGGCGCGGUGCCCACGCUGUCCAUCGAGAAGACCGACGGCGCGCAGCUGUUCGUCAGCAAGCGGUGCGCGGCCGACCCCAACUUCCAGGUGGUGACGGCCAAGUGCUCCGCCGUCAACGUGGUGGUGGUGCCGGACCCGGACACAAACAGCGAGGAGGACCCGCAGGAGCACCCGGUGCCGGAGCAAUUCAUCUCCACCUUCCAGGGCGGCAAACUGGUCACGGUUGCCGCGGCGCACAGCGGCGCGUGAGCACGAGGGGGCGCACGCGGCGGUCAGCUGUGAAGAGUGGGCGUGGUGCGUGCGAGCGCAGCGCACAAGUGCUGGACCGAACGGGAGCAGGGGUCUUGCAGCGUGGGUUCGUGGUUGCGAGAGCGGCAGCAGAGUGCGUGGCGUGCUGAGUGUGAGGAGUGGGCUUGGUCUCGUGGUAUAUUAGAGUUGUGAAAGGGCGCUCCGUGUAUGCACGCGAUUCGGCAGGGCUGCUGUCCUGACGUGGCAUUGAUAGCAGCUUUUGUUGUUGAAGGGUGACGGCGCGACUGUAAAGCGUGGUGUGAGAGGACGUGAUUGUGGAUGGCUCAAGGCGCGUUCAGCGGCUAAUACAACUGGAAGACCGAUGUGCAUAAUUCCACAUGGCGA